UUUAAAAAUUGCAAGAAUUUUCGCUGGAAAGAAUUUCCACGCAAAAUUUUAACGUUUUUGCUAUUUUAUUUAGAAUUUACUUCCUUUGGUGGCCAAGGCGAUUGUAGUAAAUCUACAGCCGCCGGUUUUGUGAAAAUUUCUGCGCAUCGUCGAUGUAUAAAUGUUUAAAGCAAGCGGACUAGUCGACAUCUGCUGCAGGGGUUUCACGAGAGGUUUGAAGCAGGUCAGGCUUUCCAGACCUUGUAGUGCAUUGUCUAGUGACGAGCAAGUUCAAAAGAAUGCUUAUAUCGAUUACCAAGAGUCCCAACAUGGUUCAGCACUCACCGACACAUUUGGUCGCAAACACACAUAUUUAAGAGUAUCUCUAAAUGAAAUUUGUAAUUUGAGAUGUCAGUAUUGUAUGCCAGAGGAGGGUGUCGCAUUAACACCAAGAGAUCAGUUGUUAACAACAGAUGAAGUGAUCAGCUUGAGUAAAUUGUUUGUCAAUGAGGGAGUGCAGAAAAUUCGGCUCACGGGUGGGGAACCCUUGCUACGGAAAGAUAUUGUUACAAUUUGUGAACGACUUUCCGAGUUACCCAACUUGCAAGAUAUUGCUAUGACGACAAAUGGUGUAACAUUGUCAAGAAAACUCCCAGCUUUGCAGAAGGCUGGAUUGAACUUACUCAAUAUCAGCUUAGAUACAUUGAUACCUGCAAAAUUUGAGUUUAUCACGAGGAGAAACCAAAAUGGAUGGUAUAAAGUGAUGAAGUCUAUAAGUAUGGCUGUGGACCUUGGUUUUUUCCCUUUGAAGGUAAACUGUGUUGUAAUGAAAGGUUUAAAUGAUGAUGAAAUUUGUGAUUUUGUUGAGCUGACAAGAGAUAUGCCAGUUGACGUGAGGUUCAUUGAAUACAUGCCUUUUGAUGGCAAUAAAUGGAAUUUUCAAAAGUUUGUUUCAUAUCAAGAAAUGCUCAACAUUAUCAAAGAAAGGUGGCCUGAUAUAAAACGACGAAAUGACAGUGCGAAUGAUACUUCUAAGGCAUACAAAGUUCCUGGUUACGCUGGUCAGAUUGGCUUUGUAACCUCCAUGAGUGAACAUUUCUGUGGUAGUUGUAACAGGUUACGAAUCACAGCUGAUGGGAAUCUAAAGGUUUGUCUAUUUGGAAAUGCUGAAGUAAGUUUACGUGACCUGUUACGAUCUGGCGCCAGCGAACAUGAACUUGUUGACGUCAUCUCAGCCGCUGUUCAACGCAAAAAGAAGCAACAUGCUGGCAUGUUCAACAUUGCGAAACAAAGAAACAGACCCAUGAUUCUCAUUGAUCCCGCCAUUUUUGCGAUUGGGUGGUUUCCACCGUUAAAAGCGACCUGGACUAAGGAAUUUUAUGCUUCUCGAAUUGAUAUCCACGACAAAUUUACGAAAUUCAAUUAUAUUUUUACUGAAAACUUUCGUGGCCUUCAACGAACUGACAAUCUUAACUUCAUGGCUUCCGGAAUGAUUCAGAGAAGGCCAGAAACAUUCAACAGGUUUUUACAUCGACAAUUCACGACAACUGUUGUGAAUAUUGGUAGCAAGGAAGAAAAAACAACGGCUGACAGCCUAACACACGUUAACCAAGAGGGAAAAGCGAGCAUGGUUGAUGUUGGAGGCAAAGACGAAACCUGUCGUUAUGCCUUUGCCAAAGCUAAAGUCAUACUUGGAGAGAGUGUGUUUGAGUUGGUCAAAGAAAACAAAAUGAAUAAAGGAGAUGUUCUCAACGUUGCAAAGAUUGCAGGUAUCAUGGCGGCAAAACAAACAGCGACAUUAAUUCCACUUUGUCAUAAUAUUCCUUUGACCAGUAUCAAGAUUGAUUUGCUGUUGGAAGAGCUCACACAUAGUGUUGCUAUUGAAGGGAAAGUGAAGUGUUAUGGAAAGACUGGUGUGGAGAUGGAAGCGCUGACGUGUGUUAGUGUUGCCGCACUUACUGUGUAUGAUAUGUGCAAGGCUGUAUCGAAGGAAAUAGUCAUUACAGAUGUACAUCUUGUUGAAAAGCAGGGUGGGAAGUCAGGGUUGUUUGUGCAAAAACCUCGUAACUAGUGAAGAGAGUGAAAAAACUUCAUCUGGUUUAUUUUGACUGUUAUUUGACAUGCAGAAUAUUUUGAGCAUGUCUAUCUUUUUAAUAUAUUCACCAUUCUUUCACCAUUCGGUUUGGGUGGAACGUUUUUAUAAUCUAUGCAAGCAUUGUGUCCCCUCCCCUCUCAAAUCACACGCCUAGAGCAAAUAAAUAUAUCACGAAUCAAUUGAUAUGUCACAUAAUGAAUGAUCUAUAUUAAUUAAACAUCAACAUUAAACGGAAACAGCAUUGUAGCGUUGCUUAAUUAUGUAAUUUUUUGUAAUCCUUUAGUUAUAUUAAUAUCGCUCUUAACUCUAAACUAAACAACAUUAUUGGUAAAAGACUUUGUUUCCCUAUAUUCUGAUACUAGCCUUGUUUUAGUUGGAAACCCAACGCCUGUCCCAUCACAUUUGCUUCAAAUUCUUAUAUUCAAACUUUCUU